CUGCAUGGGGACCUGAGGCCCCACAGCGCAGUCUAUAGGCCUAUGGCGGAGCGACGCCUGUGGGCUGUGGCCCUCCUAGGGCCGCCAUUGUCGUGCCUGCCAAGCUUCACUACGUGACUAGUCUGCUUCACCUCGCCGGCAGGGCGAGACCACUGGGAAAGUCCCUGAUCCGAUCUGCGUCUCCCUACAUCCAGGCAACGUCCUUGGCCCGCCAGGUCUCUGCCACCAGCCUCGAGGGGACAGACCAGAGCGCCGGGCCUAGCACGGGACGGACCCAGGUCGGGGAGAACAACUGCUACAUUCCAGUCCUGGAUGCUUCUGUUAGACUGUGAGCCGCGACGGGUUCCCAAGGCCCUGCUGGCCAGGCACUGCGUCUCCCAGCGCUCAUGAGGAACUGAGCCUGGUCUGGUGUCUGGAGGAACAAGUUGUAGCACCGAUCGCGCCCAGCACAGACUUGCCCCUGCCCCACCACCCAAACCUACUCUCUUGCUUCAUUCCUCCCAGAGCCCACGGUCCCCAAACAGUGCACCUGCCGGAGGUCCCAACCCAGCCGGAGAAGUGGACAUGAGGUUGGCAGGCCCCCUGCGAAUCGUGGCCCUAAUCAUCACUAUGGGUCUCACCUGGAUCCUAGUCACCAUCCUCCUGGGUGGUCCUGGUGGUGGCCUUCCUCGAAUUCAGCAAUUCUUCACCAGCCCAGAGAACUCAGUGACUGCAGAACCAAGGGCCAGGAAGUACAAGUGCGGCCUGCCCCAGCCAUGUCCUGAGGAGCACCUGGCCUUCCGCAUAGUCAGCGGGGCUGCCAAUGUCAUCGGGCCCAAGAUCUGCCUCGAGGACAAGAUGCUCAUGAGCAGCGUCAAGGACAAUGUGGGCCGUGGGCUGAACAUCGCCCUGGUGAAUGGGGUCAGUGGUGAGCUCCUGGAAGCUAGAGCCUUUGACAUGUGGGCUGGAGAAGAAUAUUGUUUGGUGGGGAAGGGCUGCUCAGUGGAACCUGAAGCUCCAUGUUCUGUGGGCUCAUCUCCACCAGAUGUCAAUGAUCUCUUGAAGUUCAUCCGACCACUGCAUGAAGGUACCCUAGUGUUUGUGGCAUCCUAUGAUGAUCCAGCUACCAAGAUGAAUGAAGAGACCAGGAAGCUUUUUUCUGAACUGGGCAGCAGGAACGCCAAGGAGCUAGCCUUCCGUGACAGCUGGGUGUUUGUGGGAGCCAAGGGUGUGCAAAACAAGAGCCCCUUUGAGCAGCAUGUGAAGAACAGUAAACACACCAACAAGUAUGAGGGCUGGCCAGAGGCCCUGGAGAUGGAAGGCUGUAUCCCUCGAAGGAGCAUGGCGGGCUAGCACAGCAGAGCUCUGGGACCAGACUGAAGGAGGCAGCAUGGCACCAGUGUAGGGUGGAGGCCUUGCCCCAUGCCCAAGCAUGAGGCUUCCCUGCCUGAACAUAUCAGGGCUUGAAAGUAGCCUCAAGUUGAUGAAGGCUGCAGGGCUGGCCCAUUUCACUUUGUCAUGGAGCUUAGGUAGCUGUGUUUUCCUAAAGCUGAUCCCACAGUCAGUUCCACCCAGCCCCUUCCUCUGCCCCUCCUGUGUCAUCUUAUAUUUCUUGAGUGCCCCCAGAGGCAAGGAUCUUCAGUGCUUUCUCCUUUUACUGGAGCAGCCAGUGGGUAGGUUGGGACAUCUUCCAGAACCUCUCCCUCCCAGAGGCACUGCACUGCAAUCCAACCAUGUUUUUAGUGUGAUUCUUUGAUUCUUUUUUUUUUCUCAAGACAGGGUUUUUCUGUAGCUUUGGAGCCUAUCCUGGACUAGCUCUGUAGACCAGGCUGGCCUUGAACUCACAGAGAUCCGCCUGCCUCUGCCUCGCGAGUGCUGGGAUUAAAGGUGUGCGCCACCACCACCCAGCAGUGUGAUCCUUUUUAAGUAAGCCAUAUCAGAGCUUAAUCAGAUCACUUCUGCAAAUCUGAAUGGAAGACUGGCCUUUGGUGCCCAAGUAGCUGGAAUCCAAUCAAAGUUCCUCACCAAGUAUAUGGCAUUAUGCAGUUUGUCAGAAGGCUCACCUUCUAAAUGACCUGUUUGUUAAUAAACUAAUCAAUUGCAGUGGAAUAAAAUGCAUUCAGAUGUUGUCCUCA